AUUGGUUCUAGUCCUCUCCUCUCGUUAGUCCCAAACCAGCCUCUUGUUAGACUCUUUAUUGUCUUGUUGCAUUCUCCACUCUCUGCAUCCAGCACGACCGUCACAGACCGCAACACAUUCGCAUCCUCGCAUACCCGUCCUUGCCACUUCAGCGAGCCUACUCCCGCACUCUAUCGCAGGUCGAUCUCUUCUCAGUCCGCCCGUCCAGCUCGACAUACCAGCUCGCCCAACCUCUUCUGUCCAAUUAUAUCGUUCAUUGCAAUGGCCGCCUCUACCACCGUCUCUUCUUUCGGUUCCCUGUCUGUCACUCUUGACAAUGCCAUCGCCUACCUCACUCGCUCCCUCAUCCAGCACUACUCUGCCACGACUGUCAUCAAGCUGCAGCUCGCCCUCGAGGCGAACCUGACCGCGCAGUUCGCGCCGUCUUGGGUCCCCACCGAGCCGCUUCGCGGUUCUGGACGCCGCUGCUUGACGCUCUCCCCCAGCGCGCUCCCGCCUCGCCCCGUUUACAACGCUUGCAAGACCGCGAACGUCGAGUGGUCGCAGUGGAUCGCCACUCUUGGCGGCAUCGAGUUCGACCUCUUCAUCGACCCCGGCUGCGUCUCCAUUCGUUUCGGCAACUGGGACUCGGGCAAGGUCAGCAAGUUCCUGACCGUCUGGUCGGAGGAACUCGCGACCGGAGCAUUGAAGACGCCGCUGCCGCAGGGCAUGAGCCUCGCGCAGCAGCUGUUGGAGACCGACAAGGACGAGGACGAGCAGAUCUUCACGAUGAUCGCGGACGAGAUGCGCGAGCCGACGUGGCUGACUCCCAUGCUGGAGAAGUUCCCUGCGGUCCCCGCACCACCCCGCUCGACGACAUCGUCGCCCGACUCCCUUCGUUCCGUGCACUCGCGCUCUAGCUCCUCCAGCUCCAGCUCUGGAUUCUCGUUCUCCUCCAUCAGCACCACCGCCUCCAACGAGUCCCGCACCACCCUGUCGGCCUCGUCGCAUCGCAGCUCCCCGUCUCCUUCGGAGGAGCAGCCCCAGGCCCGGCUCUCGCGUCGGGAGCGUGCGAGGCAGGCCCGCGUCUUCAUCGACAAGUCGAAGAAGGAGGUGACGAACUAUGAUGGCGGCAAGACGACCGUCCUGACAGGCGGAGUCAUGCUCGGCGCUGUGCGCCCCGCUUCCCAGAUCAAGGCUACGACCCCCAAGAAGACGAACAGCGCAAGCUCCAGCUGGCGUUCCUCCCGCGCAUAAGCGCAUUCGACGUUUUAAAAGCGAUCGUUCUCCACACUCCUUUCGACAUUCUUCACGACCGCACUCGAUGUGGCUAGCACACGUCGGCAAGAAUGCACCGCACGAAAACACCAUGAGGACACCCAACACAUUAUCGAUCGCUAUCAUACACCGCGCUGCCGCGCCUGCUUAUUUGUUCACUCAUGCGGACUGUCUCUGCUGGUUCACUGUAGCUCAUACGCGUCUGGUUUUUUUUUGCACGAACACUGGUAUAGCAUAGGCAAACUGUAAUUUCUAAUCGUCCUUCAUUGCAUUCACCCUUUACUGUAUUGUUGUCACAUUGCUGUCUCAUCUGUAUAUUCGUUUCCUUAUGUACUUGUCGUUCGCUUGUGUAACAAAGCUGGUUUGGAGACUUU